AUGCUGCCAACACCAUCCACAUCCCAUGUAUGUUUUGAUCGCGUGUACGAACCGGCUGAAGACUCGUACCUGCUACUCGACACGCUCUCUUCUGCGUCGGAAACUGCAUACUUAAAGGGACGAUUUGGAGAUGUUUCCACAACCCCACCGUUGGUGCUCGAAGUGGGCGUAGGAUCAGGCGUCGUAUUGGCGUUCGUCGCUGCGAAUGCGCGCACAAUAUUCAACCGCCACGACGUACUGACACUUGGGGUUGAUAUCAACAGCUUCGCCUGCAAAGCUGCCUCCCAAACGGUUCGCGAUGCGAUCAAGGAACAGCAGGAUGGGCGCUCCAUCUUCGCCGAUGUCGUGAAUGGCGACUUGGCGAGUGCUAUCCGGCCGCAUUCUGUCGAUGUCUUCAUAUUCAAUCCGCCAUAUGUACCGGCCGAGUUGCCUGAUCUAGCGAGCCACAACAAGUACAACGCCAUACCAGAAGGAAAGAAAGCGACAUCGUUCGAACAAGACUCAUAUCUGUUGGAACUGUCGUAUGCAGGAGGGGAAGAUGGUAUGGUAGUGACGAAUAGGAUGCUGGAACAGGUACCGGAGACACUCAGUAUGGGUCGAGGCGUCGCAUACGUGCUUUUGUGUGCACAAAACAAACCGGAAGUGGUCAAACAACGCAUAAGAAAUUGGGGCUCAGGUUGGAUGGCGGAGACGGUAGGGUCAAGCGGGAAAAAGGCGGGCUGGGAAAAGUUGGUGAUCGUGAGGAUAUGGCGAGACAUGGCCUUUGAAGAGAAUGACGCUUGUUGA